UCCCAGAUGGACCCGUCCCGCUGACACUUCCAUCCAUCAUGGCGCGCCGUGACCGAGCGUCCGUCGGCAGAGACCUUCACUACGUCCCCGAUAUCACCUCUUCUCUAGAAUCUGCAUCCAACAAUGGGUUUGACUUCGUGUGUUCACCCAUCGUCCAUCCUCGCUACAAGCGAGAGUGUCUGGAGGGGCGAGCCAAGGGCAGACCUGGAGCCUUCACCCGAUCAGACCUGCUGCUGACAUCACAGGAUUGGAGUACACUGAUCGUGGGAAAGUUGUCUCCAUGGCUGCAGCCAGACUCAGAGAUAGAGUCAGUCCGCAAAAACUGUGAAAAGGCCCUCCAGCAGGAGCUGAGCUAUGCAGCCCACCUGAGUCUACCUGCCAUCCUGGUGCAGCUGCGGAGCACCAGGUGCGCUAACCUGGCCAGGUACAUCCACUACCACAUGAUGGGACACAACAACACACUGAUGUGGAUACAAGUGCCCCUCCAGUCACCUGAUGUGUGCAGGGAGGAUGUUAUUGAAGGUGAGCCAGCUGAGGACCCAGAGGAUAACAAGUCACAGGAUCCAUGGGAGUGGUGGAACUCAUUCAGGUCCAUCUGUCAUUAUCACAAGAAACUAGCCCUCGCCUUGGAGUUGACCCCUGACCUUCCAUCUGAGAGCCAGUUGAGGAGAUGGUUAGGAGAGCCAGUCCGAGCUGCCAUCAUUCCAACCACCAUCUUCCUCACCAACAAGAAAGGGUACCCAGUGUUGUCCAGGGCACAUCAGUCCUUUGUUCAACAGUUGUUCAAGUAUGAUGCACAGAUUGUGAUCUCUGGUACAGCCAGACAUGGAGACAAGGGGCUGAGGGCGUACCAACAGUACAUGGAACAUCUCUUCCAGACAAACCCACAGCCAGACCAGGUCACACUGUUUGCCCGUGGUUAUGAGGACUACUUACAGUGUCCCCUGCAGCCUCUGUUUGACAAUCUGGAGUCUAACACAUACGAGACAUUCGAGAAGGACCCGGUCAAGUACUCCCAGUACCAACAGGCUGUGUACUAUGCAUUACUGGACAAGAUUCCUGUCUCAGAAAAGGACACCAAGAAAAUUGUGCUGAUGGUGCUAGGUGCAGGCAGGGGUCCCCUGGUCAGAUGUUCGUUAGAGGCAGCCAAGAGAGCUGAGCGGCAGAUCACAGUCUACGCCGUGGAGAAAAACCCAAACGCUGUUGUCACACUUGAAGCCCUGAAAGAUGAGAUGUGGGGUGAGCAGGUGACGGUGGUGUCAUGUGACAUGAGGGAGUGGGAGGCACCGGAGAAGGCUGACAUCAUCGUCAGCGAACUUCUGGGGUCGUUUGGGGACAACGAGCUGUCACCGGAGUGUCUGGACGGAGCGCAGAAGUUUCUCAAAGAUGAUGGCAUCAGUAUCCCACGGGAGUACACCUCCUACAUCGCUCCUGUCUCCUCCCACAAACUGUACAACGAGGUGAGAGGGUGUAAGGAGAGGGACAAGGGACCAGAGGCUCCGUUUGAGACAGCCUAUGUUGUGAGGCUCCACAACUACUGUGAACUGGCUGAACCCCAGCCUUGUUUCACCUUCCAUCAUCCCAACAGAGGUCUGAUAGACAACACAAGAGCCAAAGAGUUUGAGUUUGACAUUGAAGAGAACACAGUUCUGAACGGCUUUGCAGGAUACUUUGACACAGUCCUGUAUGGAGAUGUCACACUAAGUAUUGUACCCAGGACACAUUCUCCGGGCAUGUUUAGUUGGUUCUCAAUAUUCUUCCCCAUUCGGGAUCCCAUCUACCUCAACAAGGGGAGCAAACUGAAGGUGAACUUCUGGCGGUGCUGUACGGAACAGAAGGUCUGGUACGAGUGGUGCGUCAACAGCCCCUCCGUAACCCCCAUACACAACCCCGCGGGGAGGUCCUACACGAUUGGACUCUGACGCAUCCAUCCCAUCAUUCCUAGCUGUCCCAAACUGUAUGGGACUUCUAACAGAACAGACGGGCUAGCCUGUGAACUAAAAAAAAAAAGAAAGAAACACCACUGUAAGGGUGUAGUGGGCUUGGUAGAGCCUUGCACAUGAAACACUGCGAAGUACGAUUCCACGUUAACAUUUCUGGAACCAAAGGUAUCAUGUAGACCAUGCUGCUAUAGUCAGUGUAAACCUGAAGAUGUAUGCACCCCUUUUUACACUAGUGGGGCAGUUUUGUUUAUUUUUGAGGAAAGAAGAAAAGAUUAAGUGUUGAUCUUUGACAAGACAACUUUUCCAGAGAAGUAUAAGUCAGCUUUGGUGGCUAUCUAACUGAAGGCAAGGCCCAUAUGUACACUGUACCAUGUUUAACAUAGUGUAUUACACAUAUGCUUUGGUUAUUAAAACAUUUAUCUUUGUUUCUAA